AUGGUAAGUGUGGAUAGCAAAUUGGCGAUUUCCCGAUGGAAGAGGGAAGAUCGCUUCCUCUUCUUGGCCUACUACUACGUUUUGAUUCCUUUUCCUGCUCUAAACAAUCCUUUGGAGGAGAUACCUUCAAGCUAUGAAUACGACUGCAAGAAACGCCUGUCGAAUAACGCUUCCUACGAAGUAAACGUGGUCCGAAUUACAGAGGAUUUGCUUCGAAAGAGAGCCGAACACAACAACUGUGAGAUCUUUUCACUCGAAGAAAUCUCACUACAUCAACAAGAAAUUGAGAGGAUCGAGCUCCUUGAUAAACUGUGCAGAGAUCUGAAAAUUCUCUACUUACAGAGUAAUUUAAUACCAAAAAUAGAGAAUGUUAGUAGACUGAAGAAGCUUGAAUACCUCAAUUUGGCAUUGAAUAAUGUUACAAGGGUUGAAAACCUAGAAGGGUGUGAGUCCUUGCAGAAGUUGGAUCUGACUGUCAAUUUCAUUGGAGAACUGACAAGUGUUGAAUCACUAAGAGGAAAUUACCACUUCAGAGAACUUUAUUUAACAGGAAAUCCCUGUACAGAGUAUGAGGGUUACAGAGAAUAUGUCAUAGCAACUUUGGAUAGUUUAAAAUGGCUGGAUGGAAAAGAGAUUGAUAAAUCUGAAAGGAUUUUAGCCAAACAGGAUUAUGAGAACAUUCGAAACAAGAUCAUUAGUCAACAAUCUGACCAUACAAAGAAAAGGGUAAAAUUGCUUAGUUCUUGUCUUUUUAAGCUAAAUAGAGAACAAUUAAUAGUAGUAACCAUGUUUAGAGUGUUAACUUCACCACGCAAGCAGAGGGAAAAGAUAGAUGAUGAGAGAAUCGGAAGAAAUAAGCCAGCCAAAGAAACAAGGUUCUUUGCCAGCGAUGGCCAUGUGUUGAAUAUAAACCAAGGAAAAUGGGAUUUCCAGUUUGACGAUGAUGAAGACAAAAAUAGAUUUGUUUUGGAUUUACCUUGUUUUAAGCACCUGGACACAUCUCUUAUUGAUGUUGAUGUACAGCCCACUUAUGUGAGAGUAACAGUAAAAGGCAAGGUCUUUCAACUGGCUCUGUCCGAGGGAGUUAACCCUGACUCAAGCUCAGCCAAGAGAUCUCAAACAACUGGUCAUCUGAUAAUUUCAAUGCCCAAGGUGCGACAAGUUGUAAAGCCACUGAAGAAGACUUCACCAACCAAAAUCGACCCAAGUCCUAGUAGACAAAAGCAAGAAGCUCAGCCAUCAUCAGAGCCAAGUAAACACAGCAGAAUUCAUCAUGAACGAUUGGAAGUUGAACCCAAUAUUAACAGUGAUAUGGACUUCAGUAAGAUUGCAAACAACAGCCAAGACAAAACCAAACAAAGAGAUUCUGGGAGAGUCAGCACUAUCUCAGAAUCAAAGGAGGAAAGUUUUGUUGAUGAUCCAGAUGUUCCACCUCUCAUAUGACCUUCCAUGUUAGACAAACAAAUAUUGAUGUAAAUACACCUUGUUUGAUGUGUAAAUAUUGUUGUAUUAAAAGUUUUCAUACAUUCAAUAAUUUCAA